ACAGGGUACUUAUCUACCGACCAGACGAACAAUUCCUGCACUUUACAGACAUCUGCUGUGGGCCAAGAAUCCCACAGGUUUCCUGGAGCACAAGGGAAGCUCUUCAUGAGGCAUUUGCUGGCACUUACACCUGGGACAGCAGCACUGUCUUGCUCGGGUCGGCUCAGCUGGGCUCCCAGUGGCGGGUGCUGGUGAGUGUGGAAGCGGUCAGUCAUACAUCAAGAAGACAGGUAGAGAAAAGUCCUUCAUGGAUGCUUCAACCAAGAUGACUACCUUCGUUGUGUGGGACUACGUGGUCUUUGCACUGAUGCUGCUGGUGUCGGCCGCAGUGGGGGUGUACUUCGCCCUGGCUGGGAAAGGGCAGCGCAACAGCCAGGAUUUCCUAAUGGGGGGUCGGGGCCUGACUGCCCUGCCGGUCGCCUUCUCCCUGACAGCCAGCUUCAUGUCCGCCAUAACUGUCCUGGCGACCCCAGCCGAAGUCUACCAGUAUGGCGCCAUCUAUGGGUUCUUUGGCAUCGCCUACAUGCUGGUGGUGGCUGUCUGUUCAGAAGUCUUCCUGCCAGUCUUCUACAGGCUUGGAAUCACCAGCAGUUAUGAGUAUCUAGAGCUGCGCUUCAACAGGGCGGCUCGUCUGUGUGGGACGAUGAUGUUCAUACUGCAGACAGUGUCCUACACAGGGAUGGUCAUCUAUGCACCCGCUCUUGCAUUAAACCAAGUCACUGGUUUUGAUUUGUGGGGUGCUGUGAUUGCCACAGGAAUAGUUUGCACCUUUUACUGCACUCUGGGCGGGCUAAAGGCAGUGGUCUGGACAGAUGUCUUCCAGGUGGGCAUAAUGGUAGCCGGAUUUCUCUCCGUCAUCAUCCGGGCCACCUGGCAACAAGGAGGCUUCUUGGCCAUAAUUGACGACUCCCGACAUGGAGGGAGACUGAACUUUUGGAACUUUGAUCCCAGUCCUCUAAGGCGCCACACCUUCUGGACCAUCACCUUCGGAGGAGCCUUCGUCUGGAUUAGCAUAUAUGGGGUCAAUCAGGCUCAAGUGCAGAGAUACAUAUCAUGCAAGUCCUUGAUCCAUGCCAAAAUGGCCCUCCUCCUGAACCUGCUGGGACUGUGGGUCGUCCUCCUGUGCUCGGUGUUCUCUGGACUGUGCCUGUACUCCAUCUACAAGAACUGUGACCCCUGGAAUGCAGGCUUGGUAUCAGCUCCCGAUCAGUUAAUGCCUUACAUGGUGCUGGAUAUCUUGAGGGACUUCCCUGGUGUUCCUGGGCUCUUUGUGGCUGCUGCCUACAGCGGAACACUGAGUACUGUUUCCUCCAGUAUAAAUGCCUUGGCAGCAGUGACGGUGGAGGACCUGGUCAAACCUCACUUCAGCAUGUCUGAGAGGACAUUAUCCUGGAUGUCCAAAGGGCUUAGUGUUGUGUUUGGGGUCAUAUGCAUUGGCAUGGCUGGCAUCGCAUCUGUGAUGGGGGGAAUUCUGCAGGCUGCUAUAAGUAUUAUGGGCAUCUCCGGAGGGCCUGUCCUUGGUCUUUUCUCUUUGGGCAUUCUCUGCCCCUUUGCCAACUCUGUGGGGGCCCUGGUGGGCUUUUUAAGCGGCAUUGCCCUGUCUCUGUGGGUUGGGAUAGGAGCCCACUUGUACACCCCUUCAGUAAACUACAAGCAGCCACUGCACCUCAGCACAGAUGGCUGCAACCUUACCAUGACUAACGGGAGGCUAAACUGGACCUUAAGUAGAGAAGAGUUACCCAUCGUCAGCACUGUCUUGCAAGAGGAUCCAGAAUACAGGACAAACGUCAAUGAGUGGUACUCUCUGUCCUACCUGUACUUCAGUGUAGUUGGGACCAUCACAGUAAUGGCGGUCGGCAUUAUCGUUAGCCUGCUAACAGGAAGUAAGAAGCUGACACCAGAAAUGACCCUGAAAAAGGAGGAUUUGACCUGUUACUACUUGUAUAGCACCUUGAAACAGAAAAUUUCCCAGGCAAUGAAACGUACCAGUAAUCUGGACUUGAACAAGCGUGGUGAGAAAGACUUUGGAAGAAACAAUCCUGCUUUCUGCAGUUCUGAGCUGGACCUCUCUCAAGUGCGAGUUAGACGAGGCAGUUUUUCUCCCUGAAUUACAUCCAGCAGCCUUCUUUCCUGCCGCAAGACUGCAGUAAUCUCUUGCCUUCUUUUUUUUAUAUAUAUAUUUUUGAAUUAUCGAAAAUGGUGUCGCUUUUAACCUUAUAUAUACCUAGUGUCGUUUUCAAUGAUUAAAUAAAAUGGGACCCAUUGAGUCAAACACUGCAGUUGUUUCAAACUGACAAAAUGAAUAGAGUAGGAUGAUAUCAGUGGCUGAUACAGCAGCACUCAUGCACAUCCGUGUGCCACUUCUCGGAGCGUAAGGUCAGUGUAUGAGUACUCAGUCGCACUAACCCUCCAGUCAUCUGCUAACUCUGUCUAAGUGUGUGCACUGUUGACACAAGGAACACCAAGCACGUUUUUUGUUUCUCCAAAACUUUAUUGAACUUAGCAUAGUAAAACAGUUUACAUUACAUAACAAUAAAUGUACAUUAAAUGAAUAUAUCAGUAUAUCAAAAGUAUUAAUGUACAACAUAAAGAAAAAAUAACAGAAAUUACAGGGGUAUACAGCUCUGGAAAAAAAAAAAAGAGACCACACUAUAUUUUUUAAAAUAACAGCAUUUUAAAAUCCCGGUUUAAUCCUGUUUCUGCUGGCUACACUGAGUGGCAGGUUACUCUGAGGCUCAAAAGGUCUAAGUCACAGGUACAGAAGAACAAGGUGAAGCAGGAGACACUGGCAAUGACCAAAAACCAGCCAGGUAGAGGGCAGAAGUGACUUUCUAAUGCCAGAGAUAACCGUCAACUUAUCCAGCAGUGCCUCAUAAAUCGGAGGAUGACAUCAAGUGACCUUCAAAAGGAAUGGGAAACAUUAUGCAGUGUGGAGUGCACUGCUAGGACUGGAGGGCUAUGUAGCAAGGCCGAAGUUCUUAAUCAAUGAGAAGCAGGAAAGAGGCUGGAUUUUGCAAGAAAAUGAACAUUUUACACAGGCGCAUACCCAUACACUGCGAAAUGAAUGAAACAAAAGUUUGUUGUGGUCUCUUAAUCUUUUCCAGAACAGCAUAUUUAUUACAUGUCUAUGGUUAUUUUUUUCACAUAUUGUACUUCUGUUUAUUGCUUUAAAAUUCUUUUUUUAUUAUUUCUAGUAAGCAAAGUAAUGUAAAUAUAUCAUAAUCUGGCCUUUCUUUAGCCUGUUUACAUUUGUGUAAAUGAUAUUUGCCAUAUAUUAUGAAAAUAUUGUCAUGGGGAAUUAUAUUAGAAUAUUAGAAUUCAGAUUAUUUUCAUAGCAAAUAAUUCCUUACAUGACAAUUUAAUAUUCAUUACAGUCAUUCUUAUGAUGUGAUGUUUAAAAUCAAGCCAAGAAUGUCUUGUGUAAAUACAUCAAUACAAUAAACGUUCAGUAGUUUCUGUUUC